UCAAAAUAUUACACUCAUUAAGGGUAUUAUAGGUAUUACCAUUACUCAUCUAACUUAUCAAUUGGGACCCAUGCCAAAACAGCACACCACGUCACCACCCUCCUCAUCACAUACACACACCAAACACGCGCACACAUACACACCCAACACACGCCCACACGCACAUAACACAUAUUCACACAAACUCAUACCACGCCUGACACACACAAACACACGCACUCACACACACAAACCACCUCCAUAUAUGCUGCACUUCUCCGCCGGUGACCAACCAACCAUCUCGCCGCCGACGACCACCCAGCCAUCACACCGCCGGCAACCAUCAGCCAUUCCGCUGUUGUCGGUGAUGCCUCGACUGUGCGCCUCCGUACACGCCAUUCUUCCCGUCGCCAUCCAUGUACGUCAGCACUUCCGCCGCCUACGACAGCCCGUUCAGCUGACCAAGAGCCACCAUAACCAACGUUCAGUCCCCAACGCCGGCGAGCGUUCACCACCUUCCUUUCGAACAGCUCGACGUCAUAUUCUCCAUUCUCCAGGUGGCGGCGACGACGCCAUUCUUACCGCUGCUGACUCGAGCAGAAGGAGAGAGAGAAGCCGGAGUCCUCGCAAAAGGGCGAGAACGCCCGAGAAAGAGGAGCUCCCACAGAAAAGGGGAAUCAUACAUAUGAUAUUUGGAGGAUCAACUGAUGGGGAUUCAAAUCGAGCAAGGAAGGCGUAUGCCCGAGGGCGCCAUGGGAAAGUCGAGGUACAACAAGUCGACGAGAACGGACCGGUAAUGAACUUCGGUCCAGCAGAUGUGGGAGAAGUUGAAAGGCCUCAUAACGAUGCAUUGAUGAUAACUGCCCAAGUAUCGGGAUAUGAAGUGCAGAGAGUGUUUGUCAACACUGGGAGUUCUGUGAAUGUGAUUUUUUACGAUUGUCUCAAAAGGAUGGAACUCGACAUACAACUCACACCCCUCCAUACCUCACUAUUCGGUUUCAACAGGUCAGAGGUCGCGCCCCUAGAGGAAACCAUGCUCGCUGUCGUCCUAGGGGAAGGUGACUUGCGGAAGGUAAAAAUGGUGAGAUUCGUGGUGGUCGAU